AUGAGUUCAGACGGUUUUUACACUGGCAAGAUUCCUGUGAUCAUUGAUACAGAUCCAGGCGUCGAUGAUACUCUAGCGAUUUUGCUCGCUCUUACUUCACCUGAGCUUGAAGUCUUGGCUAUAAUUAUCUCCUUUGGCAACACGGACACUCAGGCGUCAUAUGCGAAUAUACUGAAGAUCUACCAAGCAAUUGCCCGCCAUAUUGACUGCCACCCAGAAGACAAAUCCCAAUUCCCCAACUAUUCUCCGCCCACCAGAGUUAUCCUGGCCAGAGGUUCCGAAGGACCUCUGGAAGGCGAUCUGCAUAGUGCACAAUACUUCCAUGGCCGAGAUGGCUUGACAGAACUGUCACAACGUCAUCCCGACUUGAAUAUCAGCGAUGUCAACCCGACGGAUCACCCUCAGUUGGAGUUAUCUAAUACAUGGGGUCCUGAGCUUGUGCUUGAUCUGAUCCGCGCACGACCUGCGAGAAGUAUUACAUAUCUUGCCCUUGGACCCCUCACGAAUCUAGCCCAUGCUAUGAGACUAGAUGGUGACCUCAUUAGGAGUCGCAUCGGACGCGUCGUAUGUAUGGGCGGUGCGUUGGAUGUACCUGGGAACACGAGCCCAGUGGCAGAAUUCAACUUCUUUGCUGACCCAUACGCUGUCCAAGAGCUACUCACACCGACGAUGGUUGACUCGGGCCUGCCUCUAGAACGGUUUCUUCUUCUCCCUCUCGACAUCACAACGCCCCACGAAUUGCCCUUCCCGUACUACAAGGACAAGGUAGACCCGGCCUUCCACUCCACGGCCGUACCGUCCCAGGCACAAGGAAAGCCGCCGCUCGUGCAUUUCACCAGCUCGUUCCUGGAGCGCACGCGCGAGAUCAUGAUCGAGUUCGGGAAAGAUGCGAUGGAGCUGCACGACCUCGUCGCGGUGUGGUGCGCCAUCGAGAACCCGCCCGUUACUGAUGAGACCGAGGGCGGUCUCCCUGCCGUCCGUUCGGGAUGGAAGGCGACCAAGAGAAGAUUCAAGGUUGAACGCCUCGGAGAGAUCUCCCGCGGCAUGCUCGUCGUCGACCGGCGGGACGAGCAGGGCGCCUACGACCCGGGCGCCAAUCGCGCACAGGUGCAAGCAGAGCUCGAGCAGCACCAAUUCCGCCAUGCCGGAACUUUCGAAUCCACGGCGUUGCCUGCCCAGGUGGAGCUGGAACGGCCACCCGUUCUGCCGCAGGAAGGCGCGGAGCAGCCUCCCGGUGUUCCAUGCAUCGUAAAGACCCCCGGACCUAGUGUCUUACUCACACUCAUGCUGAAGAGAAUUUGGGGUGUCGCGGGUUAG